UCAUCGACCUGUGCUUGUCUGUCUGUCUGUUUGUCUGUCUGUCUGUUGGCACCAAGCUGGCACCACGACGCCUGGCACCCAAACACUUAGGCACUGAAGUCUCCGUGUCAAGUCAGCUUUAUGGGCGAAGUGCGGGUUCCCUAACUGCCUAACCUGACGAGGGAGCUAUACCCCCCUAGCCCCCACUGACCUAAUGGGGCCCUGCAUCUCCUUUACUUCCCCCUAAACCUGAUGGGGGAGCCUGUCACGCCUCUCAACGCCCCCUGACCUAACUUACCCAAAUGUGACCUGACCCCUUGCCGUCACCAGUCAUCCGGGACAGGGCAGCAAGCACAGAGCGAGGCUUCAGUCACCAGUGGGAGUCACGGUAGGGGAGCUUCAGCCUUGCCUUGCCCACUCCAGCCCAGCGCAGCACAGCCCAAGCCACCCCCAGUGUUGUAAGGCCCCUGCAGGAGUGGGGUGCUGUGUGAAACGUGCCCCACAGCAAGGCGUGUCUGUGGUGCCUGCCUGUUAGGGUAAUGUAGGUGUUGCAAGACUUCAUUGUAAACCUGCUGUGAGGAAAAGCUGUGUGGCGGGCAGCAGCAUGAGUGGCCAGCAGCUGCAACAGGAGGAGGGAGGGGAAGAGCAGUGUAGCGAGUCACAACACAAGACUGUGGACCAAGAAAGGUUUGAAUGCCAGCUGUGUGACAAGGCCUUCACCACACAGGGCCAGCUAACAGCACACACACUGACCCACAGCCAGGGAAACAGCAAGCCGCACAGCCAGACACACAGCAAUGCCGCCGGGAGAAGAUUUGAGUGUCAGGAGUGUGGGAAGACCUUCACCAGGGAGUUUAGCCUGUCGCAGCACGCCCUGACACACAGCGGCGUCAGGAACCACGAGUGUCAGGUGUGCGGCAAGCGGUUUGCGAGGGAGUUCACGCUGACGCAGCACACCCUGACGCACACCGGGGUGAAGAAGUACGCGUGCCAGGUCUGCGGCAAGACCUUCACCAGGGAGUUUACGCUGACGCAGCACACGCUGACCCACACCGGCGUCAGGAACUACGAGUGUCAGGUGUGUGGCAAGAGGUUCCUGCACAAGUCCCACCUGACAAAGCACUGCCUCAUCCACACAGGCACCAAGAAUUUUCAGUGUCAGGAGUGUGGCAGACGGUUCACGCAGCAGGCCACCUUGAGCAAUCACGUACGGAUACACAGCGGGGUAAGAAAUUACGAGUGUGCCCAGUGCGGGAAACGUUUCACACAGCAGGCCACGCUCAAGAAGCAUAACUUGGUGCACACUGGAGAGAGAAAACACGAGUGCAAGGAAUGUGGGAAGAGAUUUACGAGAGAAACCCACUUGUCGAGGCACAUUCUGACACACAGCUCGGCAAGGAAUUAUCAGUGCCCGGAGUGUGGCAGACGAUUUCCUACGGUGCCGGCGCUCAAUAGACACGUUUUUAGGCAUGCUGGUUUUGACGACAUGCAAGUGUAAGGUCUGGGGUCUUAGGUUAGGUUAGUAAGUGUUAGGUUAGGUUAGGUUUGGUUAGGUUAGAUUUUGUUACAGGUUAGGUUGUUAGGGUAAGAUAGGUUUGAGGUUUGGUUAUACUAGUGUGUGUGUGUGUGUUAUAUAAUUAAGAGGCAGACACUUAAUGGUGACAAAACCCACAAAUCCAGUGAAUAUUUGCCUGAAACUUAAAAAUGUGACUUUUGUUUUGUUUUACCCACAAUGCCAGUGUUCUGUUUGUCUGUCUAUUAAUCUAUUUAUUUACCUGUCUGUCUAUCUGUUUAUCUAUCUAUCUAUCUGUCAGUUUAUCUGAAUUUACAAUAGUUUUCCAUAAGUUGAUAGAUACACAGUCAGCUAACUGGCAAAAAACUACCUAACCUAACCUAACUUAACCCAGCCUAACCUAACCCUACCUAAGCCAACCUGACCUGACCAAACCAAACCUAACUUAAUCCAGUGAUGUUAGUGGAGCUUGUCACUGCUGGGAACUACAAGCAUGAACACAAUGAUGGCCAACAAAAGUUUUCAAGAAGUUUAUAAUUAUGAAUAUUUUUCUUUAUUUGUUACUGCCACACCAGCCACAACAUAAUAAAAUAAUUAAUGACUAAGCUA